AUGACGAUCCGGCAGGAGUUCCGGAGGCUCCUCGGGGGCUGCGGCCCCGACCAGGUGAAGGUCGACGAGCCGGGCGACGCAUGCAGGGCCCGCCACUGCUCCUCCAAGGAGAUCCUGGGGGACCCGCUCCAGCGGGAGAUCUCCGAGGUGGAGGCCCUCGAGGCCCUCCUCGCGUCCGUGGAGGACUGCGCGGUCGGGGUGCUGAGCGCCCUGGGCUCGCUGCAGCUGGCGACGCGGCCCCUGCAGGAGCGGCUGCAGGCGAUGGCCCGCGGCGGCGCCCCCCUCGCCGAGGAGCUCGCGCAGGCGCUCCUGGCGUGCUCCGGCCAGCUCCUCGCGGGCGCGCCGCACCUGGAGGCGACGAGGGGCCACGCCGCGGAGGCGCGCGGCCGCCUCGCGGCGGCGGAGGAGGCCAUCGCUGCCAGGCGCGAGGCGUACUGCGAGAAAGGCCGCUGCGACGCGCUUUACGCCGAGCUGCGGCUGCCUGAAGCGCGGUUCACGCUGGAGGAGAAGCAGGCGAGAAUGCGGGAGAGGCACCUGGCCGGCAGGAGCUUCGAGCAGCAGACCGAGGAGGCCGCGGGGCGCAUCGAGGGGGUGCUCUCUCAGCGGCGGGCCACCACCGCGCUGGUGCUCUCGGACCUUUGCUGCGCCUUCGGCGCCAUGUUCGAGGGGUCCAUCGGAGGGGGGCCAGCGGAGACAGCGGCGGGGCUCCCGCGCCGGCGGGCCCAGCCGAAGCCGAAGCCCUCCAGGAGGGCCGCCGCCGUCUCGACGGGCCCCCCUUCGACCCGCGCCCUCGGCAGCGGCGUGCCCGACCUCCUGUCCGCCUGGGCGCGCCUGGUGCCCCCGCUGCAGUCCGUGUUGGCGCGGGCGCGCGGGCGCGGCGCGGGGCACGCCGAGGGGGCGCCCAGCGGCGCGGACGCGCCGGAGGCGGUGCGGCCCUGGCUCGCGGAGGCUCGGCUCCUGGAGGAGACCGAGCCCGCCGCCUCGUACUACUGCCGGGUGCACGCCGUGGCAGUGCUCGCGAGGGAGAAGACCGCCGGGAGGUCCACGGCCGCCUCCGAGGAGCUGUUGCUGAGCUCGAGCGCGCCGAGGCCCAGAGGGCGCGCCAUGGGGACGUCGCGCGGUGGCCCGGCACCAUGCAGGCCUUCGCAGACGGCCUUUUCGAGGCGGCCAUCGCGCGCGACCGCGGCGGCGCAGACGCGGACCCGCUGGGCGCAGCGGAGGCGCUGGCGAGGGCGGCCCUGCACCUGGAGGCCCUGUCGCAGCUGCCCGAGGGCAGCCCGCUGGCGCCCCGCCACCACGAGAGGCUGGCGUACGCGCGGGAGAGGGCGGAGCACCUCCGCGGGUGCGCCGCCGCCGCCGCGCGGCCCUCCCCGUGCGGGUGGGGCGCCUCGGCUCCUCCCGCGCCAGCGGAGGCGCCGAGGCCGGCGCCGGCGCUGGGGAGGCGGCCUGCACCGAGGCCGCCGACGCCGCCGACGCCAAGGGGCCUUGGGAGCCUCGGCCCGGCGACGAGGUGGACGUGUGGAGCAGCAGCAGGAUGGAGUGGCUGCCUGGCCAAGUUCUCGAGGUCUUCGAUAAGGACGGCAUUUUCGAGGGCUACUCGGUAUCUGCGGGCCAGGUGAAGGUAUUGUCGAGUGCGGGCCUGAAGUUUGUACCGCUGGGGCAGGUUCACGAAGUAUUGCGGCGGCGGCAGCAAGCGGCGUGCCUCCUGGAAACGAACGAAGUGCGCUUCUAGUGAGCUUGCCUCCGGCUUUCACCCUUUGAAUCUGCAUUUUGUCUCCGCUUUCUCGCCGCUGCUGACGGGCUUGCAUGGAGCCCUUCGUCAGCAGAAGCUGGUUCGAUGGCUGAGAUACGCUACGCUGCGCUUGGCCAAUGCGUCCAGAAGGGCGCGUCUCUGCUAGGUAGUGCGAAUUCAUUGCGUAGGGCCCGAUCUGCGCCCCUCCGCAGACUUACGUCUGCGACACAGUCACAGCAGAUGAAGGGCCAACUUACCAAGAGCUCUCUGAUGCGCGCGCCGCCGUGCCAUCCGCGAGCCGAUAGGGCACUGCAUGCAUUGGCAUUACAUCAAGAGAGAUUCUCAGUACAGUGGGACACGCUGAGGUCGUGAGUCCCUAGUUUCUCUCCUGCAUCUGCCUCCCAAGCUCCCGCUCUUGUCGAUGGUCGACAUUCGGCUAGGGCUUGAUUGGCCUCUUCAGUUCGGCCUUCCAAAGCGGAGACCUUCAGCACACGCUUCCUCCGAACAGCCCUUAGAGGCUCCGCGGCCGUGCAGAGUACAGUCAUCGCGAUCUUCUUAAUCAAGAGAUUGUUUUGUUCAUCGUCCUCUAGGUAUAUGGCCACAGCGAACGCGGUCCUCCUGCGGGCACUGCGAGGGAUUCUCCCCCUCCCCCGUGCUCUAAAUCCCACCAGA